UUGUGCUGUGUUCACACGUGAGCCGUGUUCGUGUUGUGUGGACAGUUUGUGUAUGUGUGCAUAUUGUUACGAGACGAACCGACGAACGUACGACAGUGCUGUGUACUGUGCUGUGAAGUUUUCGCCGAUAUUAUUGUGAUCACAUGAAUUGCUAUUAAAUAUUUCAACGAAAUUAAUACUCGUUUUACAUAAUUAAGUGUACAGUUAAAUAAUUAGACGUUAUCGAAGUGUUUUCAGUAUAGUGUGGACAUUGCUAUAAUAAGCGGUGCAUUUGUUUAUUUAUAGACAGUCGCAAUUUGCAGUCAUGUAAUUAUUCUUGUGGCGCUAAAAUGUCUCAGAAGGAUACUGCGAUACAUUUGUUAGCCGGAGGAGUUGCAGGCACAGCCGGAGCUGUAGUGACAUGUCCGUUAGAAGUAGUUAAGACUCGUCUCCAGUCUUCAAAGGGUGUGGGAGUGUCACCACCUUCCCCGCCACCACCAUCAGACAAUGCUAGCACCAGUAGGAAAAUCUGCUCCAAGAUCCCUAAACAUCAGGAGGCCAAAUGGGGCUACAGACGUACGAUGGGCGCGAUGUUCGCAUACAGCAAGCAGGCAGAUCGUAUGCUGAUGUCGUACAAUUGUCAGGUUCAACAGUGCGCGCGCGCCGGCCACGCCAGGACGCCCUCCAGGAUGAGCCUUAUACAGUGCAUCAGACACAUUGUACAGACUGAGGGCCCUAGAGCAUUGUUCAAAGGUCUAGGACCCAACAUAGUGGGGGUAGCCCCGUCUAGGGCCAUAUACUUCUGCACAUACUCUCAAGCGAAGGCGAUAUUGAAUCAAAACAUUUCGCCGGACACUCCGAUCGUGCACCUAUCCGCAGCAAGUGCUGCAGGUUUUGUGUCUUGUACAAUGACCAAUCCGAUUUGGUUUGUAAAGACGCGGCUGCAGUUGGACGGGCAGAACGUGACAGCACUGCAGUGCAUUAAGAGGAUAUACGCUAAAACGGGUAUCAAAGGUUUCUACAAAGGUAUAACGGCUUCGUACAUGGGCAUCAGUGAGACUGUGGUACACUUCGUUCUGUACGAGGGUGUGAAGGCGCGGCUGAUGGCAGCCAGGAGCGUGGACGGCGUGCCUAGCGACCACCGCUCUCCCAGAGACUUCCUCGAGUUCAUGGGCGCCGGAGCCUUUUCAAAGACUGUCGCUUCUUGCAUUGCUUAUCCACAUGAGGUAGCAAGAACACGGCUGAGGGAGGAGGGCGACAAAUACCGCAAGUUCUGGCAAACCCUGCACACCGUGCUCAAGGAGGAGGGCUACCGAGGAGUCUAUAGGGGCCUAGGCACACAACUAGUACGUCAGAUACCAAACACGGCAAUCAUGAUGUCAACAUACGAAGCGGUCGUGUAUCUUCUGACAACACAUUUCAAUAGUUCCUUCUAUGAGAACACUUAGCAAUCUUGUAAGGAGUCAUUAGUCGUGUCCGAGCCGCGUUGAGCGCAUAUACGUAGUUUCGUAGGCCAAAAUUUAGACGUUCUCGAAUGUCCACGUAGAGAGACAUUGUGCAUGGUUGUGGCUGAGAAAUUACGAAACGUAUUCCCACCAGUAUGUGUAGGGCAGGGAAUGAGCGUGACGCCAUGUUCUCGAAAAUGAUAAGAAGUUUUACGUCAGCAAUACUUGGCAGGGGGUGAUUAGGCUGAAUGGAAAUUUUAACUUGAUAUUUUAAAAGUCGCUUAUAAAAUAAAGAUCUCUUAAUGAGCCGAUAUUUUUAAAUUGACCUACCUAUAUAACCAAUGAUUGGUCAGUUUUAUAUAUAAAGUAGAAAAAGCUGCAAUGUAAAUGUGAAAUAAUACCUGCUACUGCAGAUAAGAUACAAAUUCUUCUGCUUUUCCCUAUUUGACUUUAACUUUUGGAACUACACUUUAGUGACCUUAUUAUUUUUAUUUCUACUAUAGUUAUUUGCUUUAUUACAAUGAAUCUUAAUUGCAAAGUGCUUGUCAACAACCUAUCAUACUAUCAAAGUUGGUAAAUUAGUGCGAUUUUGGUUUAUGCGAUUUCAAAUAUUAUUUAGUAUUUUAGAAUGUUAUUAUGACUGAAAACCAUUCUCAUGGUUACUAUAAAAAUAAUUCUUAUUUUGGCGGUACACUUAAUCGAAAUAAAAUUAUGAACAAGAUUGAAAACGAUAAAUAUUUCUAAAUCCAGUUGAUGAUGAUCAUUGUGUAGAUUCAGUCUACAAUAAUAAUUCGGCUUCUAUGCAGCAAUCUGAAUUAAUUUAGUCAUUAGUGUCUAGUCUCAUUAAGUGCUUGAACCAUGUAAAUGCCUUAAUUUCGUUAGGAUCAGUCAUCAGAUGAUUACAUUAGCAGUAUGAUAAGUUUUGCUGAUUAAUGAUGCACAUUUUAAUCAAGCAAUUUGUGCCAAUAUAUGAAGAACUGUUUUGGGAACUCUGGUUAGAAUUACUGCUUUAUCAAUGUUUCUAUGUUGUAGCUGUGUGAGUCAUGACUGUUGAAACAGGCUUUUUAUUAAAAUAGAAACGUAGUUUUUAUAAAACCCACUGUUAAUUGUUAAAAUGGACUAGUCAGUUAUUGUCCAAUAUUAGUUUUCUAAAAGACUUCGUCCAUUUAAAUAUUGAAUUACAAAUUAAAUCUGCAACUCAAAAUAAUUGCACAAGAGUAUAUUUUUAUUCUUAUAUCUUUAUAUUCCAGUCUCAGCACACAAAAUAGUAAAACAUAAGCUGUGAUACAGAGCUUGUAAAUAUUAGUUAUGGAGAGUAAAAUAUAACGGUCACACAUAGUUCCAUCUUACUAUUGAAAUGUGUACAUAGUGGUCUAUUUAUACUUGUUAUUAUCCUGAACAUUACGGCGCGGCCUCCACGCGUACCGCACUCAUUGACCUCAGGGUGAAUGUCGGCUGUUUCUGUUUAUUUCAAUUUUUGUACCAUUCGUUCAUAUGCAAAUCUAUUGUGAACCUUUGUCAACAACAUUAUUCACAGAAUUGCAAUGUAUUUUAAUGCAACGCACCAGAUAAUGACAAAGUGUGAAUGGACCAUUAUUUGAGAAUUGUGUUAAUUUUAUAUAGAUUUUAUCCAGUCUGGGAACACUAAUUGUGUGGGAUGAUGUCAGUCAUAUUUUGUUAUGAUUGCUGUACUGUUUGUUAAAUAUUCUAAUUAUAUUGAAGUUAAGAGUGAUUUAUAAGGUAAGCAUAAUAAGGUUUCCAGACAUAGGCAGGUAGAUCUUUGAUGGUUAUGUUAAUUUAGAGGACACAUUUGGACAUUUGUCGGACUGAGUAUAAAGUACUAUUAUUUGUUUAAUGAAUAAAAUAUUUAAAUAAAAUUUA